AUGGUACUGGUCGAUUUGCCAGGAGUCAUUUCAACGGUAACAGUCGAUAUGGCAAAAGAAACAAAAGAUGAUAUUGUGAAAAUGUGCAAAACAUACAUGGAAAAUCCGAACGCCAUUAUUUUAUGUAUACAGGGUAUGACUUUCCACUUUUCUCUGUUUCAACCGGAUCUUUCCAGCGAAUUAACUAAGCAUAGGGAAGAGGAAAAGGAGGAAGAGGGUGUAAGGGACACGGAAAAAGAAGAAUUAUGCAAGCUAUCGAUGUUGCUUUAG